AAAAAUCAAACAAAAUUUAGUUGAACUUUUAUUAAAACAACCAAUACGCCAGCAAAAAAAAGUCGCCUUCAUUUUUUUGUUUAAGAUUCUUUUUUUCAGUUUUAAGAAAAGUCUAAUUUUGUUAUUUGGUUUUAAUACACUUUUUUCAAUCGACUCCGAAGCAGCAAAACGCGAUACAUUUUAAUUCAAAAGUGCGACAAACAUGGAGGAUAAAGCAACGCUUAAAGAUCUAGACCAAUUUAUCGAGCAGCUUAAUGAGUGCAAACAAUUAACAGAGACGCAAGUGAAAACGUUGUGUGAUAAGGCAAAGGAAAUUUUAUCAAAAGAAUCAAAUGUGCAAGAAGUGAAAUGCCCGGUGACAGUAUGCGGCGAUGUUCACGGUCAAUUCCACGAUUUAAUGGAAUUGUUUCGGAUAGGCGGACGAUCACCCGAUACAAAUUAUCUAUUCAUGGGCGAUUACGUUGAUCGUGGCUAUUAUUCAGUAGAAACAGUAACACUUUUAGUUGCGCUUAAAGUGCGUUAUCGUGAACGAAUCACAAUUUUACGUGGCAACCAUGAAUCACGUCAAAUUACCCAAGUUUAUGGUUUUUAUGAUGAAUGUUUGCGCAAGUAUGGCAAUGCCAACGUAUGGAAAUUCUUUACUGAUUUAUUCGAUUAUCUGCCACUCACCGCAUUGGUUGAUGGUCAAAUCUUCUGUUUGCAUGGCGGUUUGAGCCCAUCGAUUGACACGCUAGACCAUAUACGAGCAUUGGACCGGAUACAAGAAGUGCCACAUGAAGGCCCGAUGUGCGAUUUACUCUGGUCAGAUCCAGAUGACCGAGGCGGCUGGGGUAUCUCACCACGUGGCGCUGGCUACACAUUUGGACAAGACAUUUCGGAAACCUUCAACCAUACAAAUGGAUUAACACUUGUAUCCCGUGCACAUCAGCUGGUGAUGGAAGGCUAUAAUUGGUGUCAUGAUCGCAACGUUGUCACUAUUUUCUCAGCACCGAACUAUUGCUAUCGUUGUGGUAAUCAAGCAGCUCUAAUGGAAUUAGACGAUUCACUGAAGUUUUCAUUCCUUCAAUUUGAUCCAGCUCCACGCCGUGGCGAACCACACGUUACACGAAGAACACCUGAUUACUUCCUUUAAAAACAACAAUACAAUUUAACGGUAGUAAUAAUGUUUAAUAAAAGAAUACAGUUACAUUUACACACCAACAACAACAACAACAACAACAACACAUACACACAGCAGAUAAUUACAACAAAAAGCCGAAUCUACUGCAUAUAUGCAUAAACAAUAAAUUUUCCUAUCAAAUUAGUGUUUAUAUGAAACAAGAAAAAACCUUUUGAAAAAAAAAUUGAGUAAAAAAAAACAACAAUAAAUAUUAAUAAUACUAUCUAAUUGCUACUUUAAUUUUACAACUUCAAAAUGCAUAAGAAGAAAAAUCAAUUGAAGAAACAGAAAAAUACGCGAAGCAUUAAAAACAAAUCCAUCUGAAAAUCACAACAAAAUGUAUUCGUAUUUCGUAGAUAAAUUGAAACUGCGAAGCUGGAGAGAAAAACAAAAUUGAGCAAAAAAAUGAAAUUUAGUAGCAAAGUUCAUUUACAAAAAAAGAAGACACGAAGAAAAUGGAUCAAAAAAUAUUAGAACUUCUAGUAUAUUGCAUAAGAGAGAAAAAAAAUGCAAAAUUGAAUGUAUGUUGAUUGAUCGACUGUGAAUGAUUUUCCUAGGUUCGUGCUAGAUAACCGCUAAAAAGACUCAACUACGUGAGCAAGUUCUCUCAUAAAGCGUCAUUGCAUGUAGUCAUCGUGAACAAAAAAAAAACAUUUUAAUUAUGCCUCAUCCCAAAUCCGAAACCGAAUGAACAUUUUACAAAAAAAUGUCUUCUAUUAGAUAAAGAAGAAUUUUCUUUGAAUCGAUUCAUCGUUUAUUGGAGAUAAUAUAGAGGGGACAUUGUGUUGCACUGAAACAGUUACAAAAGUUAUUGCAAUUAAAAAAAAGCAGUUGUUUAUAUGCACUAAGUUUUCUUUUUGUUUCAAAUGAUGAAUGACGAUUAAUACACAUACACACUUGCUCAUUUUGAGCAUUACGCAAAUGUUUAGUGUAAAAAAUUGUGGAUUUGUGCGUAAAUUAAAAAUUAGCAUAGACAUUAGUGUCCAUUAGAACAGCAACAAAACAUACACACAUUUUGAAUUUAUCAAAAUCACAAUUUGAAGAAUUUAGAAUGGUAGUCACAAGUAUCGUCUCGAUCGAAAUCAAGUUAUUUCUUUGAUCGAUAAAUCACAAAGGAAGCAAAAGCAAAAAAAACACACAUAUAAAAUAGGGAUGUUUUCGCAUUCAUUAAAAAAAUCAAAUACGAUAAUACACAUCUAAAACACACCAACCGCGCCAUCAAUUUUGCAUUUUUACGGAGAUAUAGAAACAUUAUGUAACAUUUAUUCGAAACGUUUCAAAAUGGAAAAACGUCUUCUAUUGCGUCUAUUUCCCUGCAUUGUGUUAUAUUUCUGUAUAAUUUUCUUUUUUCUUUCUUCGACUUUUUUCCCCCCUGUUCAACACAAACACACCCAUACAACAUGAAAGAAAAA